CGCUCAAUAAAGCAUGGACAGCAGUACUCGGUACUGUACUUUUGGUAAAUUUUCUAAGCCACAGUAAACCCAAACCUGUAAAAACUCGAGGUCAUGUACCAGGUCGUCUGAUAAUUAUUUCUUGGAAAGCUUCCUCCGAAAACUAAAACCCCCAACCUUUUCUCUUUCUUGGGUACUUCUCAAUCUGGUUUUGGCAAGGUUUUUAGAAUUUAGAGGGGGAGAGAGAGAGAGAGAGAGAGAGAGAGAAAGAGAAUGGAGGAGGUUGAGGCAGCUAACAAAGCAGCAGUUGAGAGCUGCCACAGAGUUCUGAAUCUCUUGUGGAAACCAAAACCUUGUAAACAUUUGCAGGCGGAGACUGAGGUGGCAGUGUUCAAGUUCAAGAGAGUUCUCUCUCUCCUCAGCCAUGGAAGAGGAAGAGUGAGAAAGUUGAAGAAAAACUUAAAUCCACUACCUCUCCCUCACAAUAUCUUCUUAGAUGGCCCUAAUUAUUCAGAUACUUCACCAAAACCCCUCCAGUUCUCCCCUCCUACUUUCCCUAAAACCCCUCACAAAGAAAAAGUUUUUCUUGGAAGCCCAGUUCCCAAAACAAAAACUUUGCAACAGCACCAGGAAGAGAGAACAAAAUUACAGUUUCACCCCCAGUGGGUGAAAUAUAGGGAUGAAAUGGUGUUCUCUGGGAGAAACAGUGGCAUUAACCUUGCAUUUGAUAGGUCUAGCUCUAGCUGCAAAACCUCCACGACGUCGGCCAGAUCGUUCAUGUCAUGUUUGAGCAUAGGCGGCUGUGCCGCCAUCACCGGCGGAGAUUCCUUUCGGUUAAUAGGUGGUGUGCCUUGGGUUUCCGGUCAGAUUUCCCAGCAGCAAAGGAGGUGCAUUGAUGUGGUGGAAAAUGGGAGUGCGGAAUGUGGCAGCAGUAGCAAAUGCCACUUUCCAAAUAAGAGGAAACUGAAGGAGAAAAGAUCUUUUAAGGUCCCUGCCAUUAGUGACAAGAUUUCAGACAUUCCAUCCGAUGAGUACUCGUGGAGGAAGUACGGGCAGAAGCCGAUCAAGGGCUCCUUGUAUCCGAGGGGAUACUACCAAUGCAGCAGCAUUAGAGGCUGUCCUGCGAGGAAACACGUACAGAGAUGCCUUGAAGACCCUGCAAUGCUCGUAGUCACCUACCAAGGCGAGCAUAAGCAUUCACAAUCCGCCCAGUGAGGCAGUGACGUGGAAUACCGCCAGACAUCCCAUUGCAGGAAAGUUCUAGCCGUGAAGAGCAUCCUUACAGGACGAACAUAGGCUAACAAGUAUUUCAUGUGAAAUGUAGUAACUUGGAGUUUAUGAAAAGCACUAUUUUUAACGUUCA